AUAAUGUUACUGGAGAUUGUUGCUUGCCCUCUUUUCUGCUGUGUGGCUAUCGGAACUAUAAUUAUUGGAGCUGUUAUACUGCUGAUUGGACUUCGUCUUUUCGCCUGUUACACGUUGGGCACUUGUAAAAGUAAAGCGAAGAUGGACGGCAAAGUGGUUAUUAUCACGGGAUGUACUUCCGGUAUUGGAAAGGAGACCGCAAGGGAUCUUGCCAAGCGAGGUGCGAAGGUCAUCAUGGCUUGCCGCAACCUCGACAGCGCCAACGUCGUUAAAGAUGAGCUGGUAAAGUCUACGGGAAACAAUAACAUCGUGGUGAGACAAUUGGACCUCUCUUCGCUGAAGUCAGUCAGGGAAUUUGCCCAGCAGAUUAACCGGGAAGAAUCGCGACUCGACGUUCUUCUUCACAAUGCUGGAACGGCGGAGACAUUCAGGAAGAAGGUCACCGAUGAUGGUCUUGAGCUGACGAUGGCCACGAACCACUACGGGCCAUUCCUCCUCACCCAUCUUCUGAUCGAUCUUCUGAAAAGAUCGGCGCCUAGCCGCAUAGUUUUGGUGGCCUCUGAGCUGUACCGAUUGUCCAGUUUGAACCUGAACAACAUGAACCCGACAUCCACGUUUCCGGCAUACUUAUACUACGUUUCGAAGUAUGCGAAUAUUGUCUUCACUCAGGAGCUUGCGCGUCGUCUUCAGGGUUCCGGAGUUACGGCCAAUUGCCUUCACCCCGGGAUGAUUGACAGCGGGAUAUGGAGAAACGUCCCAGCCCCAUUGUCCUGGGGAAUGAACCUCAUCAUCAAGGGAUUCUUCAAGACCCCUGAACAGGGUGCUCAGACCAGCAUCUACCUCGCCGUGUCGGACGAGGUCAUUGGUGUCACCGGAAAAUAUUUCAUGGAUUGUCACGAACAUGGACUGUCUCAAGGCGCACAGGAUGAGGCUAAGGGAAAAAAGCUGUGGGAACUGAGCGAAGGAUUUGUCAAAUUAGAAGCGAAUGAUCCAAAGAUAUGAAG